AGAAAUUGAAAGAGAAGCGAAGAGAUUCGCGUACCGCCCUUCUCUUCUCUUUCUAGGUUUUGUAAUCUCUGUUACUCUCUCGUUUUCAUCGUCUCCUCUCUCGUACUCCUCUGCCAAAAUCCAAAUCUCUCCCAAGUCCCAACAACCCAUCUCUGUCACAGCCUUUUCCCUCCAACCCAUCUAUCAAAUAUGGGAUUUGCAGAUAUUCAUUCUCUCAAAAUCGCAGAUAUUCAUUCUCUCAAAAUCGAUUCUUUGCCAUCUCUGCUGUAUUAAAUUGAGAGAUCGUGAUUUUGGUAUCCAGAGAAGUUCGACCAGAGGUUUUGAUUUAUGGGUAGGAGACGAAUUGAGUUGUUCGAUGAUAAACAAGAUGGGUUUUUCACAAUUUGUAAUUUGGGGUCUCAAUGGGGUGUUCCGGAUGGGAGCUGUCACCCUCCUGGAGGUUUGUUUGCUAGCAUCAAUUACAUAGGCUCAGGGUUUGGUAUUUCAUCAAAUUCUCCAGAUUCUCGUGAUAAUAACAGCCUAAAAUCUCUGUAUUCCAAUUUGUAUGUCAAAUAUAUAUCCUCGGCUGAGGGAGCUCGCAUUGUGGGGGUCCCAGAGGAGGAAGAGGCUCUAAAGAAGAAAAAGGGCGGCCUUAAAUUGAAGAUUAAGGUAAAAAAUCCGUCCUUGAGGCGCUUAAUAAGUGGGGGCGUCGCUGGGGCCAUUUCUCGGACUGCAGUGGCUCCUUUGGAGACUAUAAGGACGCAUUUGAUGGUGGGGAGUGGUGGGCAUUCUACAACUGAGGUGUUCCAUGAUAUCAUGAAGAUUGAUGGGUGGAAGGGGUUGUUUAGGGGAAAUCUAGUUAAUGUCAUUCGGGUUGCACCUAGCAAGGCCAUUGAGUUGUUUGUUUACGACACAGUUAACAAGAAUUUGUCACCGAAACCUGGGAAACAAGCAAAACUUCCUCUUCCUGCCUCAUUAGUUGCUGGGGCUUGUGCUGGAGUAAGCUCGACUUUGUGCACAUAUCCUUUGGAGUUGGUCAAGACUCGAUUAACCAUACAGAGAGGUGUUUAUAAGGGUAUAGUAGAUGCAUUCGUCAAAAUAUUGCGAGAAGAGGGCCCUGGAGAACUCUACAGGGGCCUUGCCCCGAGUCUAAUUGGAGUGGUUCCUUAUGCUGCCACAAAUUACUUUGCGUAUGACACAUUACGAAAAGCCUAUAGGAAGGUUUUUAAGCAAGAAAAGAUUGGCAACAUAGAAACCCUAUUGAUCGGAUCAGCUGCCGGUGCAAUCUCAAGCAGUGCAACUUUUCCUCUUGAGGUGGCUCGGAAACACAUGCAGGUAGGAGCUGUCAGUGGGAGGCAGGUAUACAAGAAUGUGAUGCACGCACUCGCCAGCAUACUCGAACAAGAAGGGAUUCAUGGUUUGUACAAGGGGCUAGGCCCUAGCUGCUUGAAGUUGGUGCCUGCUGCUGGGAUUUCCUUUAUGUGCUAUGAAGCUUGCAAGAGGAUACUUGUAGAGGAGGAUGAGGAGGCAUAGAAGAGCUAUUUGGAAAGAAUAAGACAAUCAAACAGUUAAAUUAAACUUCUAGUUGCAGCAUGAAUGAAGAGAACAAUACUUCUCUGAUGUGACUGGGAUCUUCUUCUUUUUUCCUUGAUCCUUUCAUAUUUUAUUGUGGACUCAAUUAGAGGUAGGUUUUUUUGGAGGUUACGACUGAUAACUGCAUUGGCAGUGAAAGAAUUUUGGGAAUGCAGGAUUGUGCAUUAUGUUA